UCCGAUCUUUUCCUGUCAACUGGCAUUUGAAAGUUUGAACCUUAGCGCCUUAGUCACAACCUUGCUGUGUGUCGAAGCUUUGCAAGUUGGUGAAUCUGAUCCGAACAGAUCCUUUCUGCAAAGUGUGGCCGAAAAUACUACAUAAAGAGGAAUUCCUUUCAGACGACAUAGUAUCAGUAUGGAAAUGACAUGAUCUAUGCACGAAUUCCUUAAAAGAAUCAAUACAGAAUUGAUGGCACGUCUUGCUUAUGGCAUAGAGGUCGGAUCAUUUUCUGCUCGCCAACUGUAUUUUCCUUGCGUUGAGAUGGUGGUUCUGAUGUUCUUGCUCAGUGUUCCUGCAGUGGAUCUACAAUCUCCUUGUGUUGCAGUGACAUUCGGUGAUUGCCGCGAACUCUUCGUUGCAGUUUCAAAUUGCACCUCGACGUCCAGGACCGCGGCGGCUUCUGGGAAUUGGGCCAAAUCUGAAGCGGACUACAUGUGCUGACAGACGAAACCAUAUUUCAGGAAGGGAUUCUUGUCGAUUCCGAUUUAAUUGUUCUGCCACUCGAUCUAGUCUUCCAAGUUGAACGGUUCAAGUUCAGAAACUGAAAGAGUUAGGGUUAGGGUUAGACUGAAAGUAAUGACAUUUGGCUUCACGUAUUGCCCACAAUAGUUGUCUUGGUGAAUUUCUGCAUGUAGUGGUCUGCAGAGAUUGAGUUGCGUGCAAGAGUACAUCGGUCACGGUAGAAGCUGUGGUCUUGAGGUGGGAAGCGGGAUGGAACUGAGUAAGUUUCUGUUGCUGUUUACGACAACCAAUAUGUUUCUGGCGAGCAAAGGUGAGAUCCAAACAAUGGCAGAUCCCAUGCUUAUCGACUCUGCGCUCACAGAUUUACUCUCAGAUAUGCCCUGGGCCCCGAUUUUCUUUAUCAUUUGCACUGCUGUUCUAGCCACUAUGACGUCGUCCCCACAACACCAAGACGAAUGGUUAAUUCCGGGACAGAGCACGCUCUGGCGGAGGCUCAACAAGCGCGUCGGAGUGUUGAACCCGAUGAUGCAGGAGAAGCAGUGGAUUAAGCACUGUCGAAUGUCGUACCCUGCCUUCGUGUAUUUGGUGGAGGAGCUGCGGCCGUACAUGUUGCCGAAUGCCCAGAUGGUGAGAGAGCCUGUGGAAUUGGAGCUAGCGGUGGCUAUAGUGCUGAAUCGGUUGGCAUCCGGAGCUUCGCCGGCCGUGAUUGGAAACCUCUGGGGUGUGGGAACAGCAACUGUUGUGAAAUACACGAAGCUCGUGACUUCUAUAUUCGCAAGCUGCGAGAAGUUGUACUCCAAGUACAUUGUUGCUCCUACUGGCGAACGACUCGAACGUAUUAGUAAGAAGUUUUUUCAAGUAACGGGCAUUCCGAAUGUUGCUGGUGCCAUCGACGGCACUCACAUUGUGUUACAGAAAAAGCCAGACCGCGCGACUUGCCCUGCUGACUUUUGCUCUGGGGAAGGCAAAGAUGCUUUCUACUCGGUUCUUCUUCAGGGUGUUUGUGAUGCUGAUAAAGUCUUUUGGGACGUGUGUUGUGUUGCGCCCGGCGGGUCGAAUGACUCAGAACACUUAAAGUCAAGCAGUUUGUGGACCAGAUUGUGGGAGAAGGAGGUUCUGAGGGAGCCUGUCAUCAGUUUACAGGGUGUAUCCAUCAGGCCCUAUUUGGUGGGAGAUAAGAACUAUCCUUUACUUCCCUUCUUGAUAAAUCCAUUCGACACUGCUCCAGCAGAAACGCAAGCGGAGUCCCUGUUUGAUGCUCAACUGCAGAAGGGGCAUGCAAGCAUCGUCACAACAUUUGGCAUUCUUAAGAACCGGUGGAACAUUCUGAAGAACCUCAACGUGGACCUCAAGUCUGCUCCUCAAACUAUCGUGGCCUGCUGCGUGCUCCACAAUUUCUGCCAACUGUCUAACCAAUCGGAGCCCAAAAUACAGGUGGAUGAUGCACUCAAUCACAAUGUCCCGGAUCAUUACAGUGACGAUGUUGGAGGGGAGGAGACACGGCAAGCCUUGUUCUUGAAUUGGCUUACGCAACAUCAAAUUUUGAUUUAAAUGUUUCUCCACAGUGAUCACAUAGCAUUAUAUAAGUCUGCAUCACAUCACGCAGAAGAUGUUUGCAACAGUGCCUGGAUCGACCUUAAGGUGAGAAUGGAUGCUGAGGAUUUCUUCAAUGGUCUGCCGAAUUCGAAUGGGAGCUAGACUUGCAUAGACAUCAGUUGGGAAGCAGGUGAAUUACGCUGCAGAUUAGGGCAACGAUAAUCAGAUUGCCAGUACAAAUUUGAACUCUUUUCUCCCGACCAAUGUCCUCAGCGUACUUUGACAGAGGUCGUGAGAGGAGGAUGCUGCUCCGCACACCAUCAAUAUCUAAUGGUGCAAUUCACAUGCAGAAUCAAUACUGGCUCUCACAAAUUGUUGGCUUUUUCCGCAGCCUGGUGUUGUUAUUCUAGCUCGUCAGAGAUUGCUUUUUGUGCGAGAAGUUUCCUUUGACUGGCUGUAGAGUAGCUGGGCAUGUUGGUGACCGUGAUCUUUCUCAGGCGGAUUUACACGUUUCUCCCAAAACACUCAGAUCCCGGGCGGAUUCUUGUUCUUGUCUGGCUCAUAGUCUGCAAUAAAAGUUAACACCUUUGUAGUUGCCACCACUGGGGGUGGCAUUGAGUUCAUCGAU